AUGGCGCAGGCUCCGGUAGAAAGGGCCAUCGGCGUGGCCAAACUCCUGACCAACCCAGUCUACAGCGACUUUACCCUCGAGUACGGGGACCAGAAGUGGAAAUUGCACAGAAUCGUUCUAUCCACGCAGUCCAGCUUCUUUGCCACUGCGUUCAAAGAGAUCGAAGAAGAACAAGAGGGGGCCGGCUGUAGACAUACCGAUCGAAUACGAGGAUGUGGUAGACGCCAUGCUGCAGUACCUCUACACUUCGGACUACUCCGGCACUUCCACCUCCUACGGCGAACCCUACGCCCACCCGCCCAUCGUGUCGACGUCCUCGUCUACACGCUAGCCGUCGCGGUCGACAUACCGCCGUUGGCGGAGAAAGCGGCGUCCAAAUUCUGCAAGCAUACAGAGACCGACUGGGCGACUCCAGGGUUCGCGCAGGCCGUGCGCGCGCUGUACGAGCAGGCUCCUAACAGCCGAACCAUGCGGAGAGUCGCCGUCAUGACCGCCGCUCGUCAUGCACAGGAGCUGUUACAUGAGAGCUAUGGGACGGAGUUUCGUGCGGUUGUUAAGGAGUGCAAGGCGUUUGGGGCUGAUGCCCAAAUCGCUGCGAUUGCGAGACAAAAGGGGCUUGGGAGGGGGACUGGUUGA